CACGCGUCUCAACUUGAGUCUCAACUCCCAACCUCCAUCUCAUUCGUGUUUCAGUUGGACACGACGCCAUUCUUUUGCAGAGUUUGACACCUUGGAUUCAAGUUUGAUCUAUAAACCCGUCGACACCGACGACCUAUGUCGAUACGAAGCGUGGAGCGGGCCGUCAGGGAAUGGCACCUUCACGUCGCGCACGCGUACUGACUGCGGCUACCAUAACAUGGCUGCUGAUAGUGAGUUGCAUAUGGGUGUCACUAUCAUGGAACCGGGACAGUUUUAAGUUAUGGGAAUUCUGGUCUUUCCCAUCGUCCGACCAUCAUGGUGGGAGUGAUGGCACAUAUGUCUUGGGGGUUGGAAAGGCAGACAUUACAGGUCCGGUGGUAGAGCUAAAUUUGAUGGGUUACGCGGACCCAAAGCAAGUAGGUACAGGCUUGCAGCAACGCCUCUAUUCCCGCGCAUUCAUCGUAGGAGACUCGGAUAAUCCUGGGGACUGUUUCGUCUAUCUCGUGCUCGACAUACAAUCCGGGGAUACUGCCAUCCGCCAUGGCAUUCUCGAAGGGCUGCGAGAACUAGGACCAGAAUAUUCUGUGUACGGCCAACACAACGUUGCAGUCACUGGUACCCAUUCGCAUUCUGGACCAGGAGCGUGGUUGAAUUAUCUGCUGCCGCAGGUCACUAGCAAAGGAUUUGACAAGCAAAGCUAUCAUGCAAUCGUGGAUGGAACUGUCAUGUCCAUCAAAAGAGCACACGAGAGCCGAGCGUUGGGCAGACUUAGUGUUGGGAAUACGCGCGUGAAAGACGCCAAUAUCAACCGCAGCCUAUAUGCAUACCUUGCCAAUCCGAAGGCGGAAAGAGAUCGAUAUGAGGACGAUGUUGAUAAGACCAUGACACUUCUUCGAUUCCAGCGCGCAUCCGACGGCCACGAUAUAGGAGUGCUGACAUGGUUCCCCGUCCACGGUACGAGCAUGCUAGGCAACAACACUCUCAUCACCGGUGACAACAAGGGCGUCGCAGCGAACCUCUUUGAGACUGUUGUCGAAUCCGAUCACUCGAACAUCGCCCCUGGAUUUGUUGCAGGCUUCUCCCAAUCGAACGUUGGCGAUACGUCGCCGAAUGUACUGGGUGCCUACUGCGAGGACGGAUCCGGGGAACAGUGCCGCCUCGAGGAUAGCACCUGCGGGGGACGCAGCCAGGGCUGCCAUGGCCGGGGACCAUACUUUGGCCUCGAUGACGGCGGAACCAAAAGCUGUUUUGAAAUCGGCCGCCGACAAUAUCAGGCUGCCUUUGAUCUUUUCAACGCCAUGCAGAACGAAACCCGGAGCGAGGGUGGUGAAUAUCCUUCUGUUGAUUUGCUGUCCCGAUCUGCCAGCGAAUUCAUCCCCAUUAUCGGCGGCGUUGGUGCCCUCCAUUCAUUUGAAUCACUGGCUAACUAUACCUUCGUACUUCCCAACGGUACGACGGUGAGCACCUGUUCGGCUGCCCUUGGCUACUCAUUCGCUGCUGGGACGUCAGACGGGCCGGGAGCGUUUGACUUCCGCCAGAACAGCACCGGGGGGAACGUAUUCUGGGAUACUGUCCGCAACGUCAUCCAUACCCCAACUGAAGAGCAGAAGGCAUGCCAAGCUCCGAAACCGAUUCUUCUUGACGUUGGCGAGACGAAGGCUCCCUAUGAUUGGGCGCCUAAUAUCGUUGACAUCCAGCUACUGAGGGUCGGCCAGCUUGUGAUUAUCGUCAGCCCUGGUGAGGCAACGACGAUGGCUGGCAGACGAUGGAAAGAGGCGGUUGCGUCUUCAGUCAAAUCUUUCGGACAUCUUUCAGUUCUAGGACGUACCACUGAAGCGGACACGGAGCCGAUAGUUGUUCUUGGCGGACCUGCCAAUACCUAUACUCACUAUAUCGCGACCGAAGAGGAAUACCGCGUCCAGCGUUACGAGGGGGCAUCAACACUCUAUGGCCCGCAUACUCUUGCCGCAUACAUGAAUCUCACCCUUGAAUACCUCCCAAGCCUUUGGAGUAAUCCGAAAACCCAUGGCGGUCGGCACCCUGACGUAGAUUCCCCGAAUCCGCCAAUCAACACGAACCGGAGCCUCAGCUUCAUCACGCCGGUCGUCGUGGACCACCCCGGGCUUUUCCAUGGCUUUGGCGACGUGCUAGAAGAUGUGAAGCCCGAGUACAUGCACGAUGAGACCAUCUCGGUAAAGUUCGUCGGCGCCAACCCACGAAACGAUCUGCGGCUGGAGGCGACGUACGCAGCCGUCGAGCAGUACAUCUGCCAAGACGAAGGCUUAGGAGCCACCGACUGUUCCUGGGACCGUAUCAGGGAUGACGCGGACUGGGAUCUCCAAUUCGAAUGGAAGCGUACUAACGAAGUUCUUGGAACUAGCGAGGUGACGGUGUCUUGGGAUAUCGACUCCAUGGAAGGGGUGGGUUGGCGGCCCGUGGAAGGCAAGUUUAGAAUACGAUACUGGGGGGCCGAGAAGAGCUUACUGGGCCCCAUCCACGCGUUCGAAGCCACGAGCGGGGAAUUUCUUGUCAAGAGAAGGGGAUGAUUAUGGUUAUGAGAGAUGAUUUUAUGGACUUCAAUCGAGAAUGCUCUGCGUUUAGCGACCCUAUGCGGAUGGGUAUGGAUGGCUUGUAUGAGGUUGGAAAGCCUAUAUGUUUAGUGAUUGUAUACCCUGAGAAGAAAUCGGCACCUAGUGGAAUGAAAUUGACUCAGGUUCAUUGGAAGCUCGGGUAUAGUCCACAUAUACACUCAAGGAAACACCUGUAUGUUACAUAGAAGACCACGCAUGAGUUUAUUGUAUCCAAUGAUCCCACAACACCAUGCAGAUAGGAAUGAUGUAUAUAUGACCCUUCCGAGCCG